AUGAAGAUGGCAGGAAGAGCGACAGGGAAGGGAAAAAAAUAUGCAGCGGGGGAAAAGAAUGAGAUCAGGGGGAGGUCACAGUUUGGAUUUCCUAGGCGAAGAGGCGUGUUGGUUGGAAGUUACGAAGGAGGGGAGGCAAAGUGCCAGCAAGAGGCUAAGGCAGGGUGCGCGCGACAGAAAACGAGCGACUGGGAGAAGAAAUGUCGGACGGGGAGAUCCACCAAGUCCAGAGCUGCUCGAUACAUGGACAAUAGUGAACCAGGUUUGUACCAGAGUAGACCAGGCGGAAAGGCUAAUGUGACCCCAGGAAGGAGGCUCGAUAUCGAAGGAGUCGAUACCACACCACCGAAGAGACGGUCCGACACCGCGCAGCUGGCUACAGUAGGAGAUGAAAAAGAGCGGCAAGUCGAGCAUCAAUGGAUGAUGGUACAGUCGUGGCCUAGCCGUACUUUGGGGGAGGCCAAAGAUUGGACCAUGAUGUCACACCCUACUGUCCAUCGCCUGCUUCCCAGGCUUUCUCGACGGUUCCAUCGCGGUCUGGACGGCCUCGCUCACCCUCCAUCGCGGACGAGGGGUAAGCUAAGGCAAGGUCUGUCAGAGGUGUCUCUGAUUUUGCGAUUUUUUGCACCCUCAAGUUGA